GCACACUCCCAAUGUUCCCUCCUACCUCUCUUUCCUGCUCUCUUUUUUCCUCCUCCCCCUCUGUCUUGACACACUCUCUCCCUCACUCCUGCCCUCUGCUCCUCCACCGCCUCCCUCACUUCCUCCUGUCCACAUUUCUGACUCUUAGUGGGGAAAAACAUGGUGUCGGUGCACAGCUCGGAGCUGGUUCCACUCGGCUGGGACGCUGUCACUAAACGUCAUCUGUUCCUACAGAAAGUCUCCUCCAAGCUGGGGCCCGGUGUCCGGCAGCAGGGGGGAGGCACCAGAGCAGAGAAGGGGCCUUCAGCUCCAGGCUCAGGGACUGGACCUCCAAAACAGGGAAGCCCUGGGUUCAGGCAAGCCCAGAGAGAUGACUCCAUGCUGGGAGAGGUUUGGCAGAGUGCUGGGGGUGGAUCUCCAGCGAGGCACAGCCAGAUUCAGAGCCAGGGUAUCCCCAAACCUCGCACCGCUGCAGAGAGAGCAUCUGUUUCUGCUGUCACAAGUCCCUCAUCCUGCAACUCCAAACCUACAGCCAAUCAGCUGGCAGCAUCGGCCCGAAGACCAAUUCCUCCUGCAUCAUCAAAACUUCCUGUGAAGGGUUUAUCCACAAGCCUCAGUUCCUCCUCACUGGGCCACGAGAUCAGUGGAGCCACAAGCAAAACCUCUCCGGCAGCUCCAGCACCAACAGUGAUCAUGCCAGAGGAGCAGCCCAGCAGAAGCACACUUCCUGUGGGCACCCAGAGCCCGGCAAAGCCCCUCCCCCCCAGCCCGGCAGCCUCCACCAGCACCAGCACUGCCAGUGAGGCGCUGAUCUCUGCUGCCCCAAAAACUCCUGCAUCGAGGGGCAGAGCUCAGUCUGUGCAGGCCAGGACCACUGCUACAGGUUUGAAGGUGCCAACAGUCAUUAACCACAAUACAGCCAAGGCAGCAGCUGCCAAUCAAACAGCAGCAAAGACAGCUCCUGCAGCCAAUCAGAGCCUGACAAAGCAGACAUCCCAGAAUCACCUGCAAAGAAGCGGCUCAGCAAGACUCAGUCGACUGAACAGCAUUGUGGACAAAAACAAGCCGCGGGAGGCGAGCAGCAGACCCACAAACAGCACCAGCAGCUCCCCGUCAGCAGCUCCAUCAGCUCCAUCAGCUCCAUCAGCAGCUCCGUCAGCAGCUCUGUCAGCAGCUCCAUCAGCAGCUCCGUCAGCAGCUCCGUCAGCAGCUCCAUCAGCAGCUCCAUCAGCAGCUCCGUCAGCAGCUCCAUCAGCAGCUCCAUCAGCAGCAGGGAACAGCCAGAGGGAGCAGCUACCUCCACCAGACCCGGUGCCAGAGGUGGUGCAUGCACCAGGGACAGCAGUUCUCCCGGGGCCGGCCCCUGAGAGCCACUGCAAUGGAGCCUCUGGUCUCGGGUUGAAGCCAAAAACUGCGUUGAGGUCCAGAGCAGGAUCCCGCCUACAGAAUGCAUCCCGGCCGGGUGCAGGGGGGGGUUGGGGGGCAGAGCGGACGGUCGCUGCUAAACAGAACCAGAGUAAAGAGCAGGCAGAGAAGAAGAACCAGGCCCUCAGCCAGCUGAGGAGGCUGCUGCUGCAGGGGAACCGGAGGGUGGAGGCUCUGGCUACAGUCAUCCAGCAUCUCUUCACUGAGCGCGAGGAGGCCGUGAAGCAGAAGAAGAGCUUGUCCCUGGAACUGGCAACCCUCCGAGAUGAGCUGGUGGCGUCAGCGCAGUGCUGCGAGCGGCUGCAGCAGGGGAGGGAGGAGCUGCGUCUCCGCCUGGAGGAGGCUCUGCAGCGCCUGCAGGAGCAGCACCAGGAGGAGCUGGUGCAGCUGGAGGACAGACUGAGGAGCUUCUACCAAACUGAGUGGGACAAAGUCCACCAGACGUACCAGGAGGAGGCAGACAGAUGCCGCACGCUGAUGGAACAGCAGGUGGAGGAGCUGAGGAGCCGGCAUGAAGCAGAGAGGAAGGACAAGGCGGAGAGUCACAGUCAGAAGAUGGACUCUCUCAGACGGCAGCAUGAGACCUCCACACAAGAGCUGAAGAGGAUCCAGCACACGGAACUGGAGAACCUGAACAAAUCCCUGAAGGAGACUGAAACAUCUCUCUCUGAGAAGAUCUCUGAGCUGUGUGCAGAGAAGGAGGCUCUGAGUGAGAAGCUGAGAGCAGAGGAGGAGCGCAGGAAGCAGAUCCUCACAGACAAGAACCUGAAGAACUCCCACACCGUGUACCUGGAGCAGGAGCUGGACAGUCUUAAGGUCGUACUGGAGCUCAAGAACAACCAGCUGCACCAGAAGGAGAAGAAGCUCAUGGACAUGGACAAACUGUUGGAGACGAAUGUGAAACUGCAGGAGUGUCUAAAUAAGGUCCAACAGGAGAACGAGGACUACAGGGCCAGGAUGGACAAACACGCUGCUCUCUCAAAGCAGCUCUCCAGCGAACAGGCCAAACUCCAGCAGACGCUGCAGAAGGAGUCCAAGGUCAACAAGCGUCUGUCCAUGGAGAACGAGGAGCUGCUCUGGAAGCUGCACAAUGGAGACCUGCUGGCCAGCCCCCGCCGCCUCUCCCCCACCUCACCCUUCGGCUCACCUCGGAAUUCUGCCUCCUUCCCCACAGCUGCACCCUUAUCGCCUAGAUAACCCCGACAACAAGCCUCCUGCUCCACCAGCCUGGACAAGACAGAGCUGUUCCAAACACAGAGAAAGACUUCAAUCACAGCAAUGUUGUUGGAUAUUAAUGAUAAACUUGUACAUUUGGAACAAAUUGCAUAAAAGACGCUUGUUCUGAAAGCGUCAAGACUUUGCAGUGGCACCGACGCACUUAUGUCUGACAGUGGAAUGGCCAUGCUCUCUACCAAAUGCCUAGUUCUCCAAUAAGCCUUUCUUCUUUUUCUGAAGAAAACAUACAACAGGCACACCUCAGGGUCUGUACAUGGCGCCUCACUCUUGUUAUGACUAUCCUUCCAUGUUUGUUCUGAUAUGUUGUACAAUCUAGGAUCCUUUUAUCCUGUUAUUUCAUACCGCUCUUUCUAAAGAGGCGGGUGAGAAGAAACCUUGGACUUGAGCCUCUUGCAGGUUUGUGGGAACAAACAGUGGUUUGGGUGUUUCGUGGUGGAUUAGCAUGGAUUGUUUUGCCUAUUCCCCUUCUUUUAAAGAGGACCUUUUUCCCAAAGAGCAAAACUCAAUCCCUCAUCUGCUUUGGACCUCUGGAAGAAGUGAACAACGUAUUGUCCUUCUGUUGAUCUGAGGAACUGACCUUUAGAUCUGUUCCUCUGUGUAAGCUCCUCACAACCUCUACCUGAAACUACUUUGUGGAAUGUAGUCACCCUUGGAUGUUAGAUCUGAGCUGUCAGUUCAGAGACUUAACACAUCAUCUCAGAGCCAAAUAUGCAGAAGUGUGUUUGCCCCUUUGCUUUCCCCUUGACAUGUCUCAUUGACCAACAGGAACCAGGCAAUGCUCAGCUAGUGGCUGAUCAACUUCUGUCUUUACUUUGGAUCCCAUGUAAAAGCACCAGAAAAACACACAAGUUAUCAUUUCCACAGAUAGAAUCUCCCACAAUCUCAUCGACUGAGCGAUUACUGGCUCAUUUGACUGAAUCCAAAAUACCUUUAUAUGUCUGGUGAAAAAACUCAGAUGUUCCUAAAAUGCCUCAGUUCACCAUGUUGUUUUAUUUUGGACAUGAAAUAAAUACAAAAGGAUAUGAGAUAAAAGCACCAUUGUUUUAUUUGGAUAUUGAAAUAAUUGCAGAAUUGACAUACAAGUCAAACAUUAGAUGAAAGACUUUAAAGAUUUGACAUAGAAUGAUGUUUGAUGUGUGGGA